AUGACGACCUCCUCCAAGCCGUCCUCCCGCAACACCCUCCAGCACUACACAAAACACCACCGCAUCCUCCUCAUCGGCGAGGGCGACUUCACCUUCGCCCGCGCCCUCGGCGCUGCACUCGGCUCCUCCGCCAACAUCGUCGCGACCUCCUUCGACUCACUCCGCGUCGCGACCGAGAAAUAUUCCCACCUCCCGCACACACUCAAAGAGCUCGCCGACGCCCGUGCUCGCGUUCUCCACAACGUCGACGCCACCCGCUUGUCAUCUAACAAAGCUUUGAAGAAGGAGAUAGAGGACAGAGGUGCGUUCCAUCGGAUCGUGUUCCAGUUCCCCCAUAUCGGCGGAUCCAGCGACGACGACGUGCAGGCCAACAAAGAUCUCCUGGACUCGUUUUUCGCGGAAACGGUGGAGCUGUUGGCUCCUGAGGGCGGUGGUGAGAUCCACGUGACGUUGCGUGAUACGCCGUUCUACCGCAAGUGGGAUGUGGAGGCACUUGCGGCUGCACAGGGGCUG